AUGUGUGGCUACUACGGAAAUUACUAUGGAGGCAGAGGCUAUGGCUGUUGUGGCUAUGGAGGCCUGGGCAAUGGCUAUGGAGGCCUGGGCUAUGGCUAUGGAGGUCUGGGAUGUGGCUAUGGAUCCUGCUAUGGCUGUGGCUACCGUGGACUGUGCUGUGGCUAUGGCUGUGGCUAUGGCUAUGGCUCACGCUCUCUCUGUGGCUGUGGCUAUGGAUAUGGUUCUGGUUAUGGAUCUGGAUUUGGCUCUUACUACUGA